UCCCCACCUGUAGAAAUGCUUCUCUUCCUAUACUUCUCUUCCUAUAUUCACUCUCCACCUCUCUCUUCGUCUGCCUACAUUUUUGUUCUCUCUCUAGAAUCUCUCCUCGCCUCAGAAACUGAACGAAUGCCGCUUUCUCUCACCAAGCCUAUCUCCUACCCUCGCCUCUGUUUCUACCUGUUCAGCUCCAGAAGCUCUCUCCAUCGGGACGAGGGGAACUAGGACGAGUGCCACCAUCACUAAACCAGAAAGGAAGACAAGCAGUUCCGACGAAGAGAAGAGAGGAAGAGAGAGAGAGAGAAAGAAACAGGGGAGAGGAAAGAAGUUUUGAGGAGGAAAAAAGGAAGGGAGGGAACAAUGACUCUGCUCCUCUUCUUCCUCUUCCUCUCGCUCUCCUGCCUCUCCGCAAACGGCAGGCUCUCCUACAACUACUACGAGAAGAGCUGCCCAAAGGUGGAGGAGAUCGUCCGGGACGUGAUGGUGCAGAAGCAGAUCCUACAGCCCACCACCGCCGGCGCCACCGUCCGCCUCUUCUUCCACGAUUGCUUCGUCGAUGGCUGCGACGCCUCCGUUCUUCUAUCCUCCACCCCCACAAACAAGGCCGAGCGCGACGCAGACAUCAACCUCUCCCUUCCCGGCGACGGCUUCGACGCCAUCGUCCGUGCCAAGACCCAGCUCGAGUUCAGCUGCCCCGGCACCGUCUCCUGCGCCGACAUUCUCGCCCUUGCCACUCGCGACCUCGUCACCAUAACUGGAGGGCCUUACUACAAGGUGAGGCUGGGCAGGAAGGACGGCCGUGUAUCUGAUGCUUCUCGUGUAGAGAGCAAUCUGCCUCUGCCAACAAUGACUGUAACACAGCUAGCCUCUGUUUUUGCAGCGAAGGGAUUCUCCAUUGGAGAAAUGGUGGCCCUUAUUGGCGCCCACACCAUUGGCUUCUCUCAUUGCAAAGAAUUUGCCAAGAGGCUGUACAGCUUUAGCCGUGCAUCACCUGUUGAUCCCUCCAUGAACACAGUCUUGUCUCAAGCAUUACAGAAGGCCUGUGCAAACUACACCAAGGACCCUACCAUGUCUGUGUUUAAUGAUGUAAUGACCCCAGGCAAAUUUGAUAACAUGUACUACCAGAACCUUGAAAAGGGUCUUGGCCUGCUAGCUUCUGAUCAGGUUCUUUACACUGAUCCGCGAACCAAGGUGUUUGUUGAACUGUUUGCCAGAAACCAAACUGCAUUCUUCAAUGCAUUUGUUGACGCCAUGGACAAACUGAGCAUUGUGGGAGUGAAGGUUGGGAGGAAAGGAGAAGUUCGAAAGCGGUGUGAUAUGGUCAAUACAUGAGUCGAGUGAUUGCAGAAGAAAUGUGGAUGAUGGUACAUUGAAGAACUAGUUUAGCCGGUCUAUCAAAUGUAUGAAUUUGAGUUAAUCUUAAUUAAUCUCUUCAUCUGAUGCAAAUGAUGUUCUAGUAGUCGAAGGGUUGUGUCAUCCAAAUGUGGGAGCUCAGUCCUUCUUUCAUGCUUUUUCAACAAAAGUUUAAUUUUAGCUCCAUCUGUUGAACUGUUACCACAUGUAAUUAAAAUGGUGACCGCUCUUGUAAUUCCUUUGUCUGCAUCAUCUUGGUCUCUUGUUUAUGAGCUUUGAUAAUCUUCUCUUGUAGUUUCAGCUCAAAAGAUGUAAACAAUACUUCAUUUUCUUUUCUC